AUGGCAUUUGAGGUAGCCUUUGGCGAUGCAUGUAAAGAUAAGUCCAAUCGCUUCUUAGCAUCUUCUCGGUAUGGAGCAACUUCAGCAAGCGUCGAGGCAGACGCAAGAUUUCCUCGAUGCAGUCUGCCCGAGGACACGUCCAAACUAAGUAAUAUAUUAUCUUCUUCUGUAAGCUGUGAUAUGAAUAUAAUCCCGUUCAGCAGUCCGGAGCAGUCUCCCGCAGCAAACACAAUCUUUCCUCUCCCGGCUCCCUGCACGCACUCUGAUAAUGCCUCACCUUUGGGUGCUGUUCCGUGGCUAAUGCACCCAGCAACAGCCUCAAGAUGCCACGACGAACAAAAGCAAAAAUGUUCCGGUGACACCGCAUCCUCGUCUAAACCCGAGGGGCCUCCCUGGCCGUCAUUUCCACGGGGUAUGCCUUAUCCAGAGCGAAAACUUUUGCUGCCCGCCAUAGCUGAGCCUUCUGUUGAAGAUUGCUCAAGCGAUUCUUCUGUAUCUACCGCUGGCGAUGCCACAGACUCCAGCAGCAACAAUUGGCUCAAAAGUAUUUCAUCAGAUUUUUCACAGGAAACGGUUUUCGACAAGGGAGUACUUCCUCCUCCAAAAUGCCAAAAAGCCGUAAACCAAGCCAGCACUAGGCAAGAUGGCGAGGGCCUCGACAGAGGAAGCCCGUGUCCACCAUUUUGGCCAUACACUAGCUGCAAAACAGCGCCAGAGGCGCCAUCAACGUGGAGCCCCUCCUGCGAAGGGGCAUAUCCUGGUGGACUACAGAUACAGUGGAGUGUUACGGAAUCGUUUAGAGAGCAAAUAAUGUGCCGCACAUCCACGAGCUCACAAAAUAUUUGCGAAAGCCGUAGUCUUAUUGGCACCAGCUCCACUUUGGUGCAUCGUGGAAAUUCUAUGCGUUGUGGAACCAUUAUGCCACCGAUGGAAUAUCUGGAUGAUGCCAAUGAUGGGCGAUCUUGGCUAGAACAUUUGGAAAAGCUUCGCGGAGGUGCCCCUAAAGAAGAGUAUAAGAGAGAGAGGACCCGGAUAGUAGAUGCUCUCAUCCGGCGAGCUGCUACAUACCCUAAAAUAUCUGGCAUAUAUUUUGACAAGCACCAGGUACAGAGAUAUUACUUACGGCCUGCUGUGACUUACAAAUUGCUGGUAAAUUUAAGGGAAAUUUAUGGUCACUCAGUCUUCAUCUUGAUCUUGUGUACUGCAUGGCAUUGA